AUGGUGAACAAAAACCCAGAACUCCUCCCAAAGGUAGAGUACCCCGAACUGCUCCCAAAAGUAGAGCCAACACUCGCAAAAGACGUAAACAAGAAGAAGAGGAAGAAGAAGAACCCGCAGAAACCAAUCUCAAUCUGUGUUGAUGCUGAUGGAAAUCCCAUUAUUGAUGCCCAAAAAUCUAUUGUAAUAAAGCAAGCUCUACAGAAGUCAGAAAUAAAGGCAAAUCCAGAGCCAGUGCCAAUACUCACAGCAGUCAAAAGCAAGAAGAGGAAGAGAAAGAAGAGCAAAACCACAGUCGCUGUUGAUGCGGCAAAGAAAGUUAAAGUUGAUGCGGAGCCAGAGCCAAUACUCACAGCAGUCAAAAACAAGAAGAGGAAGAGAAAGAAGAGCAAAACCACAGUCCCUGUUGAUGCGGCAAACCAAGUUGAUGUUGCAGCCCAAGUUGGUGUGGCGGGACAAGAAGAUGCGGCAAAGAAAGUUAAAGUUGAUGCGGAGCCAGAGCCAAUACUCACAGCAGUCAAAAGCAAGAAGAGGAAGAAAAAGAAGAGCAAAACCAGUGUCCCUGUUGAUGCGCCAAAGCCAAUACUCAAAGCAGUAAAAAGCAAGAAGAGCAAAACCAAAGCAGUAAAAAGCAACAAGAGCAAAACCAAAGCAGUAAAAAGCAACAAGAGCAAAACCAAAGCAGUAAAAAGCAACAAGAGCAAAACCAAUGCAGUCAAAAGCAAGAAGAGCAAAACCACAGAGGCAAAGAAAAUUGAUGCGGCAAAGAAAGAUGAAGGGCCAAAAUAUGUUGAGAUAUGUGUGAUAUGCCGGAAAAAAGGGCAUCUCAUCCCAACUUGCCCAGUGCUGAACGAAACGAUUGUUCCCAACCCGAACCACAAUACUGAACAGAAAAAGGAAUCCGGAAAGAAGGGUUCUGCGCGCCCUCAGCCUCCUCAAGAUGUGAAAAUGAAGAAAGGCCAAGAGGACAGGUUACUUGUGACUGGUUGCGCUCUUCAGGUUGAUCCCAUGGCAGAUGAGACAUAUGGUGGUAAAGAAGACGAGUCCACUGUGAAACUGAAAGAGGGCCAAGAGGACAGGUUACUUGUGACUGGUUGUGCUCUUCAGGUUGAUCCCAUGGCAGAUGAGACAUAUGAUGGUAAAGAAGACGAGUCCACUGUGAAACUGAAAGAAGGCCAAGAGGACAGGUUACUUGUGACUGGUUGCACGCAUCAGGUUGAUUCCAUGGCAGAUGAGACUUAUGGUGGUAAAGAAGAUGAGUCCACUGUGAAAGUUUCACAAGAAAGUCAUAAAAUCAGAGAAAAAACAGGAUCCUGA